GCCACACCUUCCAACUCGACCUCAUUGUACCACGGAGCGAGAAAUCGGUGUUCUGUUGCUAGUUGCCUGGGAGUGGAAAGUCAACAGGUGACUAUAAGUAACAUGGUAUUCACGACCUCCUCCGCUUUUCUCAAAGCCUUGUCGAACGCAGGAAUAACUCAUGUCUUUGUUAAUUGGGGCUCAGAUCACCCAGCUUUGUUGGAGGAUCUCCAGCGACAACGAAUCGAUGGAGAUGGGGAAACGCUACCUAGUUUUGUGACUUGCCCGAACGAGAUGGUAGCUCUGAGCGCUGCGCAAGGUUAUGCUCAGGUCACUGGAAGGCCAGCUGCAGUCAUUGUUCAUGUUGAUGUUGGAACGCAGGCCCUUGCGGGAGCAGUACACAACGUCGACCGUGGAAGGACACCGGUUCUCAUUUAUGCCGGGGCAUCUGCAUCUACGAGCCGAAACGAGCUGAAAGGAACUCGCAAUGAAUGGAUUAUGUGGGUUCAAGAUAUCCCGGACCAGUCUGCUAUCGUCAGACAGUAUAUGCGGCAUACAAUCCAGAUCGAUACUGGGAAGAACAUGGGUCAGGUUGUCAAUCGAGCUCUUCAAAUCUCUAGCAGCGAACCAAAGGGACCUGUAUAUCUAUGGGCUCGUCGCGAGGUCAUGGAAGAGGAACUUCCAUCCAACUUGUUCGAGUCAAUCACUUCACAAAUCAAACACCCACCUCUCCCGAUCACACGCUCUGGUCUAUCUCCCAAUGAUACUAGAAAAAUUGCCGAAGCUCUCAUCGCAGCCAAACAUCCACUCAUCAUUACUUCCCAUGCGGGCCGCAACGUACAUGCAGUCGCACCCCUCGUCGCCCUCUCUGGACUUUUGGCUAUCCCGAUCUUCGUUACUUGCCCUAGCGCACUCAAUGUUCCUUUCACUCACCCUUACUUUGUUGGAAUGACGUAUCACAAUCCCGGUGGAUCCUCUGAGGCCUUCAAAGUCCAUCUGCACAAGGCAGACGUCGUGUUGGUCAUUGAUUCCGAUUUGCCAUGGCUUCCACUAUUUCACGAACCCAAAGACGAUGCACAUGUGUUCAUUCUCGAUGCCGGAGAUCCUCUAAAAGUCAACAUCGGGAAUUCGGAUAUCACUCUGCACUCUGGCAUCGAACUUCUUUGUAAAGCCGACGCUGAAACGGCCCUGCAACAAAUCAUGGAUGCUCUCCAUGAGCGUUUGAAUGAAUCCGACGUUUCAAAUCAAGUGGAUCAAGUGGUUAAAAUAAGAGGGCAGGAGUUGAAAGAGGAACAUAACAAGUGGGUGGCUAGGUUGGAUCUAGCGGAGAAUGUCGGUAGUGGUGAAGGAAACAAUGUUGCUGCUCCGAGUCAUAUCACUGUUCCACAUCUCAUGAGUGCAUUACGCUCUGUAAUCAACAAAUCUGUCAACCCGCUCAAAACGCUUUUCAUCAAUGAAUCGAUAUCCAAUUUCGGAUUCGUUUGGGAACACAUUCGAGCUGAAGUUCCCGGGAGUGUUUUCACGUCUGGCGGAUCGUCGUUGGGUUAUGCAUUAGCUGCUUCAGCAGGUGCCUACAUCGGAGAAGAAGUCAUUACGAAAGCUCAGGGAAAUAGCAAUAAACAUGACUUGAUUGUGGCUGUCGUUGGGGAUGGAUCGUACAUGUUUGGUGUUCCGAGUUCGGCGUAUUGGGUUGCGAGGAGAUAUCAAACGCCCUUCCUGACGAUUAUCCUGAAUAAUGGCGGGUGGAAGUCACCCAAGUUUUCGAUGCUGGGCGUACACCCAGACGGUCACGGAUCUCGUUCUCUAUCUGGGGAACAGCUUGGUGUAGGCUUCAGGUUCAACGAUGAAGUCGAUCCGGAUUACGCCCAAAUUGCUGUCGCAGCUACUUCUGGAUGGGCCUGGGGAAAACGUGUUGGAACCCGAGCUCGGCCGGGAGAACGGGUGAAGUUGAACGAGGCCUUUGAGGAAUUGAAGAGUGUACUGGAAGAAGCUGUCAGUAUGGUUGUGGUGGAGAGGAGGUGUGCGAUUGUCGACGUUGUUCUCGAUGCGCUUUGACGUGUCUACUUCUGCUUCCGAAUUGUCUGCGCAAUAAAUACUGUAUAUCAUUCUUUAUCAUCAGACUAACUGGAUCCAAGCUUCAAAGCACAACAAUUUUCGAGUAGUUAUACAUACUUACAAGGUUGUCGAAAGUAAACCAAGGAAAGCAACGGGAGUAUUCAUUGUGAAAUAAAUUAUACUGAAGAAUGAGGAUCGAAAAGUGACAAGGGAAUGAGUCGUGAAACAUUCACAGCUUCAUCGUUGGCCAUUCAACAUCCAGCGAAAUGCACUGCCGUCCUUCAAGGCGCUGAGGGGCGUUAUGUCUCGUCCUUGUUUUCACUCAGAUGAGGAUCAAUGGCCGGAGCAGGCGACCUAGCUCCGCUAACGCCAGCCUGGGCAGCUGCAGCCGCCGCCUGGGCUUGGAAUGGGCUCGGGGCCAAAAUCGAACGAUGAAAUCUUGUGCGAAAAUCUGGGGUAACGACGGCCGCAAUAGCCGCUGCCGCUGUCUCUGAUGCGGUGGCUCCUGGACCAAGUUGUGCAAACGAAGUGGACGUCGAAGUGGACGCCGUAGAAUUCGUCGUGGUUGUCGACGAAGCCGAAGAAGCGUUGGGUUCAAAAGACUGGGGAUCAAAUUGGCGCCGCUGCAACAAAAUUAGAUUUUUUUUGCAUCGAUCACGUUGUAGGAAGAGAUGCAAGCAGCACACUCAAGUCUUUCGACGACUGGCCUUCAGCCAACAGCCCCAUCCGAAGACCAUAGAGGCAGGUUACGUACCUGCCUAUCCCAUUGAUCCCAUGCAUCGGCGAUAAUCGGUUCCAGUGAAGCGAGUUCUUCAUUGGACAUCUGCAAAGUGUCCAAAAGAUGCUGCUUGAGUAGUGGGGCGCAUGAGAAUGAAAGGAGUAGUGUUGUGGCAAACAUUUGCCCUCCAUGACCCUGUAUUCGAGGAAAAGCUGGCUCUCCAGCUUGCGGGUCCACCGAACCAGGAGGAGGUCCUUGUUGUUGCAUCUCUUGAGUAAGUUGGUACUGUGCCUCAGGAUACUGAAGCGCUUCAAGGUUCGGAACGAUCUGAUUGCCCAUAUCCAUCCCAAGUUCCCGCAUCUUCCUCUGCUUCACCAGGGCUCGAUGUUUCCUUUGCCUCUCCCUCGCUGCCGCCCGAACCCUCUCUCGUCUCGCAGCCUCUUCAGGAGUCAAGUCCUCGUAAUCACCUUGCUGCAUCUGAGAUGAAGAAGACAAUGUCUGAUUAUGGUCUACUUGCUGGUGCUGUUGCUGAAAAUCUUUGUGAUUCAUUUGGGCUGUACCGAGAUUGUGAAUAGCGUUCCUAUCGCGCUCUCUCUUUCUCCGUUGACGUUCUGCAGCUUUCUCUCGCUUGGUCCUUUGACUAGGUGUCUCAUUUUCGUAUUUACGCCUGCGGUUGCUAGUGGGGGCAGAAAGGGACGUGGGGGUUUGGAUGGUGGCUGAAUCCAUUUUAUUAGUUAUCCUGCAAGUGGUCCUGAUAGUCGUGACCAAGGUGUGACGGACUGCUUCAGUUUGUGUUGGUCUUCAGUGACAAUUUCGUGACGGUCGGUGACCCGUCGUCGUGGUUGUGAUGAGGAGGA